CUAUGUUACACAUUGCAUAUAACAGAUGAAUAUCUUGAUCAUCUUCUCUUUAGUAGGAAAUGAUGCACAAAUCUGUCUCACUUGUAUAUAUGAUUUUUCAGGAAGCCCACAAGCGGAGUAACAACUGGUUGCCACCACCAUGGGCAAUUGUUGCCUUGUUAGUCUUGGGCUUCAAUGAAUUUAUGACGCUUCUCAGAAAUCCUUUGUAUUUGGGUGUAAUCUUUGUUGUUUUUCUACUCGUCAAAGCCUUAUGGGUGCAGCUGGACAUUUCGGGUGAAUUUCGCAACGGUGCUCUUCCUGGGCUUAUCUCCUUGUCUUCCAAGUUCCUUCCCACUGUGAUGAAUCUUCUUAAAAGAUUAGCAGAGGAGGGGCAAAUUCCUGCAACUAAUGAUCCACAAAGAAACCCUCCACUAGCAGCAAAAAGCUUCAGGAAUGGAGUAAGUGCCAGUAGUGAUACAUCAUCUAGUGCUUCAUCUGAGGUAACUUCAUCUGAAUACUCCAGCCCCUCAAAAGAAGAAUAAAGGAACUAAUCCAUCUGGUUAAAGGAGCAAUUUUCUUCCAUUUGAAAAUGCUGCCUGGUGUCCUGCUCGCACGCACGUGUACUCUCUACAAAUUUAGCUCUUGUGGGCAUGCCAGAGGAAUAGGUGUUGAAGGCAUUGAUUUUUGUCCAAGUGCCGCAUAUGGGUGGGGGGGCUGUUGGUUGUUGUGAGGAAGCCCCCUCCCCCAUUAAUAGUUUUUACAUUUUAAGUUUAGGUGCUUUAUUUUAUUUUGUUUGAAGGCACUGAUGAUGGUCGUUUAUUAUGCUGGUUUGUAUUCAAUUUUGUCUUGUCAGUUGUAAUGCUGUGUGAUUGUAAUUUUUACUGAAAUUUGUUGAUGAACCUUUUUUACUUCUUCCAUUAGAAACCAGCUGGAAGCUAAUUUGGCAGAAUAAGUAUGCAACAGAGAUCAGUUAUUAUGAUCUGCAACUAUUUAAUUGCAGAGAGUGUGGCCUGAAAAUUGGAAAAAAGGCUCAAAUUCUGAUUCAA